AUGACAAAUGCAACAGCAAGGAAUGACCACGAAAUGUUGUUGGAAAAUUGCCACGAAACAGACAAUACUAAAUUGUCGUUAGUAUUAGCUAAUGCACAGCAAAAUCCUACAGAACAUCAAGUUAAACACCUAUAUGAAAUUUGGAGAAACUCUAAUUUUGGAAGUCGAGAUGAAGAUUCAAUGAUAAAGGUCUUGAAAGAAAAGAUUGAUUUUUACAAGAAAGAAAAACAGAUUAAUAUAGUCAUAAAGGAAAACCCUCUUAUUGUGAUUAUACUUUCUCGAAUAAUGAUGCGUGCUCAUAACGAAGAUUUUGCUAGAGAAAUAGUUUUUGUGGACUCUAAUGGUUCCUGUGACCAAACAAAUUCAUGUGUCACGUUUAUGUUUUGCACUGCUAAAAUUGCCCAGAUAGCACGAUAUAUUUGUUAA